AUGGCUCCUCCUCCAUCGCCCUCCCCCAACGUCCUCCUCCUCCUCCUCUUCACUGCAAACUUAAUACCUACGAGCCUUCCAUCCACAACUCAGGGCAACAUCUAUUUGCUGCAGACACAAUUUAUGCCUGCAGGAUUCAGCAUCAACUACCAAGGCCGGUACAUAUUCGAAAUGCGGAGAGACUGUAACGCCUAUUUUAGAGACACCACGCUUCCAAAUCCAAUCUGGCAGACGAAUAUAAAUUAUAAUGGAGCAAAAGAUCGUUGCCGUCUGAAAAUACGAAGGAAUUGUAAGAUAGUCAUUUUGUCAGAUUUUCGUGGAACAGAGCUCUGGUGGAGUGACUCCCAGCAGGCGGUCGACACGGCUUGUUUCAUCCAAGUUACAGAAAACCUCGUCCUCUACAAAGCCGACCGAACCAUGCUUUGGGUAAACGGGAACAAAGCUGGCACGGUAAAUUUUACGGGUGCAAAUUCACGUCUAUGA